GAAUCACUUCCCCAUACUGCAUUGUUUUGCCUCCAAUACAGUCUGCCAGUGAAGAAAGUUGUUUCAUUUCUUGGUUUUUGGUUGUUUAAAUUUAUGUUUGAUUGCUGCUGAUACUACCAGGUCGUCCACCAACGUAAUUCACUUUCAAUUGAAGAACCAAUACACUGCAUUGUUGUUUUGUUCACGGGUCAUGGUUGUCUCUUGGGGUUUUUUUAUUACCAUUACUUUUGAAAUGGUAGCAGAUGCUGACUUGUGAUUCCUCAGUUAUUUCUACUAUUAGAAAUUGUGUAAACUGAAAUAUAGAUACCUAUGUUUCUGCUCAGUAAUGGAAAUGAUGUUAGAUGGAGGUUUUGAGACCUUUUUUUUUGUGUGUGUGGUAAAAAACAGGGUUCAGAGACUCUUAAUUAUAGGUCCACUCUUUUGAUGGUUUUGUGCAGAGUAUGAGAGGUGCAUCUCUUUUUACCAUCUUUGACGAAACUGAACUCUGCAGAUUUUGUUUUUCUUUACUCAGAGUCCUCAAGUGUGCCAUGCCAGAACCAUGACUAAACCAAACUGAGACUUUGCUUCACUGCUUUUGUUUUUUUUAGUUUAGGAGCUCUGUUCGUUGAUGUUUAUGCUUGAUAAUCAUGGAUUGACUUAGUGUUUAAACUAAUACGCAAGAUUAACACAUGCCAUAAUAAUAAAGAGGUCUAGGGAUGAGAAAAUGCUUAAACUACUUAUCAGCAGCCCCUAAUAUUUGACAUCUGAUAGUUUCUACUUAUCAAUGUCCAUUGCCGAUGAAACAGGCCAGAUCAAUUUUCUUUUGAGCCAUAUAGCAGCUGCAACGCUUCUCCAAAGUGGAAGAUAUUGUUGUAAGGCAUCAUCCAGUACACCUACUCGAGGUCAAGAAAGUUUUCAUUAAAAAAACACUGUGCUGCCAUCUUCAAGGUCGUAACUGUUUGGCAUAGCCAAUUUGCCAAUCUUUACAACGAAUCCAACUCUAACAGCAGACCUGACUCCCCAUUCCCACUGGCCUUCUAUCCAUAGCCAUGAUCCUCUUUGGCAAGACUAAUAAUGCGUAACCUUUCAGACUGUUUUGUACAAGUAGCAUCAUGAUUUUUGGUCGUUCUGUUGCCCUUUAUUAUUGUCUACUGUAUUGGAUAGGGAACUCUUAUCGUCCUCUAUUAUCCUUUUCUAAUAAAAUAUGUACUCUUUUCAACCUGAUAUUUUAUUCUUGCAUAUGCGCGAAGCGUAGCGAGUGGGUCUUUGCUAGUGAAAAUAAAAACUAAAACUUUUCAAGAAUAUUCUUAUUACUACUUCAUGUCUUCAUCAAGCCAUGUAUGGACCGGUGGGAAGAGUAUGAUUUGGAUUGGUGGUGAUCCAUUGUAGAGAAAAGACAAAUUUACUUGGUGUUUUCAACUUUUUGAGGAAAAAAUAAGAGGGAAAUUUGGUGCUUCAAUUUUUGGGAAAAGAAAGAAGACCAUGCAUAGAGUGGUUAAUACACCCCGAACAAUAAUGGAAUUUUAAUGAUUUUAUCCAUCAAAUACUGCCCAUUAUAUUGUGUAGAAUCAAUUGAUAUACUUUCCAAUUAACAGAUGAGUCGGCCUCUUAGCAUAUGAAAUUUUGGGGGAUUCGACUUAUGUCCUUCAUUUUUGUCUCUGAGCUUGAAGGUAAUUAUAUUCGCCAAUGGUUCAUCGGUGCAUUGUUUUUGGUUAUGCUUUGCGUCUAGGUUUUUCCUCCACCGUCUGUUGCAUUGACAGAUUUUCCCUCAAACUUUGUUCUUUCUAUUUCUAUGAUGUUGUCCUUUGUUAUUUGGUUAGUUUUGCAAAGAGCCUGACUGUGUUUGAUUGGCAGCUAAAUGUAGGCCUCAUGAGUUGCCUGGCUUAUUGAAUCAAUUUAGUAUGAUUCAGUUAUUCUAUGUUGGGUAUUCUGGUGUAAUUUUUUGUCAAUUUUUGGAUGCUACAGGUUGUUGGUUCAAGUGUAAAGCGUAUUACUCAAUUUGAAGGCCUACUGUAUCAGAUUCCAGAACACGUUGUCAUUCAUCCCUACUGAAGAAUUUUGUAUCCUUGCGAACAACAAAGUCCAAGUACUCUCUCCCACAUUCUCAAAUUUUAUUCUCUUAUUCUCUUUUAUGUUCAUGGAAUCCUGACAGUGAUUGUGGUGGGUGUUGAUUUCUAAGUGGUGCUUUCUUUAUUCCUAGAGCUAUGUCUUUGCAGUCUUCCUCAGUUGGUAUUACUGAUACAGUAAAAGGAGGUACCUUAAUAAUGGAUUUGAAAUGAUCAGUAUAAGCUGAAUCAAAGAUGAGGGAUCACUACAUAAGCUUUUUGCACUGUCACCUGAGUAGUUACUCACUUAGUCAAGUCAUAAGGAAUAGUUCGGCAACAUGAUACAUGGGUACCAUCCCCAAAAUGUGACCUAGGUUCGGGAAGUUUGAGGGAAUGAUGAUUAAAACUGAUUGUUAGAUAAGUGGGAAGAGUUUGUUGUGGUAUGGUUUCGAGAUGUUGUACGGGGUGAAUCGGAAUAAUGCCAAUUACAUGAGAAGUUUAUUGAAAUACAUUUCAUAGUAAUGUGGUGGUGAUGUCUAGAGCGGAUUAAGAUGUAUCUUUCGGGGUAAACAACAAACACGAAAUUGAGUUUUUCCUAUCGGUGGUGUGGUUGACUGGUAGCAAAAUGUAGUCGUCAGGCUCAGGCGCUGCCUGGAAAACUGAAAUGAUUCAGUAUUAUGAAGAUUUUUUUAUGUUGGGAAUGGUUUAAUUGUUAGUCAUUUGUUACUGUGAAAACAUUGAGUCGUCUUUGGUGUUGUUGCAGGACUGGGAAUACAUUAGGAUGAGACAGGAGACUGCUGUAGGUGGAAAAGUAUAGAGUCCACACUGGUGCUUGACUGUGGUGGUGGUGCUGAAAGUUGAACAUGGUUAUCGUCACCUGCCACAUAUAGAGGUAAACGUCGUCACUUUUUUUACUGCUUAGAGAAGAAGGGUCACAGAGUCUUUUAUAUGUAUUUUGGAUUGCUAUCUACUGAGUUUUUGCCUGUUAAGAAAAUGAUUCUUGAUUGAUGAAUUGCUUAGUGAGUCUCCUUCUUUCGGGUGGUCAGUAGGGGUUUUGACAUUGAGUUUUUGAUUGGGGUAUCCAUCCACACCGUGUUUGGCAACUGUGUGUUUUUUAUGCAGUCCCAAGAACUACUACUGAUCCAUAUUUCAGUAAUGGUUAGGAUGUUCUUGAAGCAUUGAAACAUGAACUUUACUUAUCCGCUUAGCUUGAAUUCUCGGUUUGCUUGAUAACUUCAUUAUCUAAUUGACUUGAUGGAUACACGUAACCAAAGGAGCACUUUUCCAAAGUUCUGCGAUGGACAAAUCAUUGGAAGGGCAUGCAUAAAUGGCAUGGCCUUAUGUAAUUUAGUUGCCGACCACCAACUCCCCCCCGUAGCUCUGCCGCCCCAGCUCUCAUUUGUCACAGGUAGUAUGAACUUCCAGCUGUCGACUAAAUUCUUCAGACUCUCCUCUCUUCACUGUUGGGUUUUUUCUUAUCCUGUCCUGAAUUUCUCAGAGCGAGGGAUUGAGAGGGUUAAAUAGAGAGGCUGGUCGGCGAUUUCCCGCCAUCUCAAACACCACCGCCGUCAACUCCCCUUUAAUUGCGCCACUGUCAGGCCACGCCCUCCAUCGACUAUUUCUCUGCUCCCAUCAACACCAAACGCCAAUUAACAGAUGACCCGGCCUCCUAGCAUCUGAAAGUUUGGGGGAUUCGAUUUAUGUCCUUCAUUUUCAUCUCUGAGCUUGAAGGUAAUUAUAUCUGCCAAUGGUUCAUCGGUUCAUUGUUGUUGGUUAUGCUUUGCGUUUAUGUUUUUCCUCCACGUCUGUUGCAUUGACAGAUUUUCCCUCAAACUGGCUUCUUUCGAUUUCUAUGAGGUUGUCCUUUAUUAUUUUGGUUAGUAUUGUAACCAGCCUUUUUUGGUCACAGUGAUUGUGGCCUCCAAUCCGGCGCCGGAAGUCUGUGGAGGGUUACAGAGGGAUGCUACUGGCAAAGUUCUCAGCUUCCAUCACAAAUCUGUUGCAUUGACAGAUUUUCCCUCAAACUGGCUUCUUUCGAUUUCUAUGAGGUUGUCCUUUAUUAUUUUGGUUAGUAUUGUAACCAGCCUCUUUUGGUCACAGUGAUUGUGGCCUCCAAUCCGGCGCCGGAAGUCUGUGGAGGGUUACAGAGGGAUGCUACUGGCAAAGUUCUCAGCUUCCAUCACAAAUCGGCUACCUGCACAAAAACACCCCCACCCUCAAUUCACCUUUGUUUGGCGCCACUCACAGCCAACGGUCUCCGCUACGAUUUCUAUGCUCCCAUCAACACCAAACGCCAAUUAAGAGAUGAGAUGGCUUGUUAGUUCCUGAAACCUUGAAGAUAAGGGAUAUCCGUGCUUCUUACCUGGAGACCUUGAUUUCAUUGCUUCUCCGGCAUUGGUGCCGUAUCAGGGAAUGGGAAAGUCGAACCACUUUUUGAGAUCUGCGGCUCCAUGGGCGAUCGUUCUCUGUCGAUUGCAUGUCCCUAUAUAUGUCAUUUAGGAGGAACAAUCAAGUCUGAUAGCCGGAUUGGAAUGCCCACGUUGGAAAUCCAGGGCCUUCUCAUGUAUAGACUGUUAUUUUUUUCGGACAUGAGGGUUUCGUCAUGGAGAUCCCCUGAUCGAAGACUGUGUGGGCUGAAGAAAAGCAAAUUUGGAGUCCGGAGGAAGUCAAGCGACUUGAAGAGGUAUUGCCGAGCCAUUCAAACAUGGUAUGUCCCUCUGAUUUAAGAAUUGAAUUGCAUCAUGAACACUCAAGGCAGCAUGUUGAGUUGGAGACUGGAGAGUGGUGUGUGAUGAUACCAGAAUAUAGAUCUUCCAGAUGCCACAAAGUUUCCUAGCCAUUUGGAUUAUUUUUCUAUACUUGCUUAGUGAAGAAUGUUGCUUCUGGUCCUCAUUAAUAAAGUUUCUACGAGUUUAUGAUCAUACUCAUCAUUUUGUGUAACUUGGUAUUUUCGAUAGUUUCAGUAUGCUAUGAAGUUGUCUCGUUGCAUUUCAUUCUCAUUUUUUUAUCUGUCUUAUCUAAGAACUUGGAAUUGGAAAUUGAGAACGGUAAUGCGAUGAGUUAUCAAUAGCUACGAAUGAUUAUUUAUUUUCAUUUCGUAGGGAUGACCAACAUUUCUUUUAUUUCAUAUAAUAGGUCCAAUUUUGAACUAGCCUAUGCUUCCUAAGUCGGUGAAGCAAUGGAGUUGCUGAUCUGUAUUUGCCGAGUAAAAUAAUCCUUGGGCAGGUGAUCCUUUAAUGUAGCGAAGAAGUCGAUGUGCCGCCUGCUGGUAUUGGGAAAGUUGUUGAGUGGCAAAGGCGAUAUCUGGGCGAGAGGUACUGAGGUAGAUGAGCUUCCCAACAAGCCGUCGGUAUGCAGUUGCAUCAACAGCAGGAGACCCAUCAUCAAGCUGUAAAUGUCCUUUGGGUUCUAAGGGGGUAGAAACUGGUUUGGAGUCCAGAAAACCUUGUGAAGAAUUUCGAGUGCAUAUUUUCGCUGAUUAAGGUGAAGACCAGUAUGACUUCUCGCCUCAAUCCUCAGAAAGUAGUGAAGAACUCAGAUCCUUGAUAUAGAAUUCUGAAUCAAGAGCUUUCUUGACAGCAAUAAUCUCAUUAAUAUAUGAUCCUGCUAGUAUCAGAUCGUCGACAUAAACCAGAAUUGCAGUGGAGGAAGUUGAAGUUGCUCGGAUAAAAAGAGAGCGAUCGCACUCACUUUGUCUGUAACCCAAUGUAAGUAAGAACUGAGACAAUUUUUCAUACCAUUACCUUGAAGCUUGUUUAAUACCAUAAAUGCUUUUCUUUAACCGACACACCUUUCUUGUGUUAUUCUUCUCAAGGUAUAAACCUGGAGGAGGCUGCAUAUACACUUCUUCAUGAAGCUCACCGUGAAGAAAAACAUUGUUUACAUCUAAUUGAUGCAAAUGCCAUCCACGAGCAACGGCCACUGCAAGUAAGCUACAAUGCACUCUUGAUGUGUAUAACCCUUUGCCACUAAACGAGCUUUUAAUCUUUCAACAGUGGAUCAGAUUUGUAUUUGAUCCGAUAGACCCACUUACACCAAAUUGUAGCUUUACCACUUGGAAGAUCAACUAAUUCCCAUGUAUGAUUAAGGUGUAUGGCUGCCAGCUCUGUUCACAUAGCCUCUACUCACUUUUGAUGCUUAGAAGCUUGACUAAAUGUUCUUGGUUCUGUGAGAGCACUAACCGAGAGACAAAAAUGUUGAAAUAUAGGAGAAAGAUUAUCUUAACCCAGACAGCAGAGAGAUCUUGAGUAGCUUUAGGAGAGAUAGAAAGUCUCAGAUCUUGUGCUGGAGAGGGAUUGCUGGUAUAGCUUUGAGUGAGCAAGCUGGUGUGAUAAUCAGCGAGAUGUGCUGAUGGUCUUGCAAUCCUUUUUGACUUCCUUGGAGAUGGAUGUUUAGAAUCCAAUUUUGCUUCUGUGUCUAUGUCUUCAUCUGUGUCAAUUGGGGCACUGCUUUCAGGUGUAGGGAAAGAAUUAGGAGACAGAGGUGUAACUGGCAGAUCCAAAUCUGAAGGCUGAAUAGGCACUCUUGUAGUUUUGGGUGUAUGAUCGAUGUUUUCUAAGUAAGAGACUGGAUUUAAAGGAGCAUUUGGAUGACCCAUAUCAUUGCCUAAUGAAGGCAAAGCUUUAAAAGGGAAAAUAUGUUCAUAAAACUGGAUAUCUCUUGUGAUGAAUGUAUCAUGGGAAUACAAAUCAUAGACUUUGUAACCUUUUAGUGCUUGAACAAAAUCCUAGAAAAACAUACUCCCGUGCCCUAGAAGUAAAUUUUGUCCUGUGACUGCCCAAAGUUGAGGCGUAUGGCAAACAAACAAAAACUUUAAGGUUCUGAAAACAAGGUGUUCUAUUGUGCAACCUCUCAAAUGGUGUCUUUUGGUUUAGAGCAAGUGUAGGUAGUCGAUUAAUCAGGUGCACAUUAUGCCGAACACAAUUACUCCAAAAAGAUAACGGUGAACCUGCUUGAUACUUAAGUGCCCUAGCCACUGACAAUAUAUGCUGGUGCUUUCUCUCAACUUGACUGUUUUGUUGAGGUGUCUCAACACGACUAGUCUCAUGGGCAAUCCCAUGUUCAGCAAAGAAUCCCAUCAUUUUGAAUUCUUGUGCACUAUCACUUCGGACUAUUUGCAGUUUUCUAUUAAACUGAGUUUCAGCAUAACCCAAAAAGCUCUUGAUAUGAUCUCUUGCCUCUGAUUUUGAGCGUAAGAGCAUUAACCAUGUGACUCUAGAAUAAUCAUCAACUAUGGUA